AUGAAGGUAAAGGUCCAUGUUGGUGCGCCUGAAUCAUGGAUAGCUGCACUUCCCGAGAGCGUCAAGCAUGAGUUCUCAAUGGAGGAGCUCGAGCAGAUGAAGCAACAGUUUACAGAUUUUGAUACAAGUGGCGACGGCAGUAUUGCAGCCUCCGAGCUCAUUGUUCUAAUGGAGUCGAUGGGGAUCAUAACCACUCUUGAAGAGGGGCUCAUUGACAAAGUCGAUGAGAAUCGGUCGGGUGAGCUUGAAUAUCCUGAGUUUGUUCGGCUUGUGAGUGAUAUUCGACGCGGAGACGGAAACAAGCUGGCAAUCUUUCUUCAGUACUCCAAACACGAAAUGGCUAUUCGUCGUGAACUCCUCGACUUGAAUACUCAACCCACUCCCAACUCGCAAGUAUUUGGAGUGAAAGAAUACGCCUGGGAGUGGAAAGUACUCAUUCGAGGACCUUCAGGCUCUCCAUAUGAAGGUGGAGUCUUUAAUUUCUCCGUUCGGUUCGGACACGAGUACCCGUUUGAGCCUCCAGUAUUCAGCUGUUUAACUCGCAUUUAUCACCCCAAUUUCGUUCCGGUAUGUACUUGA